AUGUCCGAGACUUUCCAAGAACUUGCCGAUAUUCCCAAGGACUUUGUCCGGGAAGGCACUCAAUUUGUUCGCCGUUGCACCAAGCCCGAUAAGCGCGAAUUCAUCAAGAUCAGCCAAGCUGUUGGCAUGGGUUUCCUCGUCAUGGGAGCCAUUGGCUACUUCGUCAAGCUGAGUAUGACUUCCAAGGCCCGGAUCUUUGUCCGCGUCCACAUUCCCGUCAACCAAGUGCUGGUCGGUGGCGCAUAA